GAAGAGUGGCUGAAGACCAAACUUGAAGAGCACUGGAGCCAAUAUGGCAGAAUUAUCGGCAUUGCUCCAUACAAGUUCCCUGGAAAAGAGUGGCUGACAAAGCGCUGGGAUCUUGUAAUCCAACUCAAAGCCGGAGAGAAGAAACUGGCAGCCCAAACGGUGUUCACUAUAGGGGAAAAUAAGCAGAGCAUCGUCGCCAGCUGGCCCGGAGCAGCAAAAACCUGCCUUGUCUGUAAACUUGCAGGGCACUCUACCUCUCUCUGCCCUCAGAGAAAUCUGAAAUCAAAAAAAGUUGGGGCAUCGGCAAACCCCCGACAAUUGAUCAGCAAGGGAGGACAAAGCCAAAAGAAGGAAGAAAAGGGACCAAAAGUUUCCAUGGGUCCCUCAGAGAAACAGAAGGCCCCCCCUUCAAUUGCACCAGCCAUGCUAAUUCCUGACCCUGAUGGAGCCACUUUCCAAGCCAUGUUAUUGGCCCCUAAGCCCCGUCCAGCUGCAGCAACAACAUCAGCAAUGGAAGGAGUAUAUCCUUUCAAUCCAGAGCUGCUUCAAGGGACCCACCUGGAGCAGGGUGUGCCAACAGGAGGAAAUACUACCCCUCCCCCUUUCAAUGUAGAGGACCCAGAAACACCAAAGAAAGGGAAAAAGCGCAUGGCAAAGGAAGCUGAUGCAUGGACCCCUACAUCACUAGAAGUCAAUCAGUAUAUCCACAGAAGAGGGAUCUGCCCAGCCUGCUUCAAAACAGGCCAUAUGCACACAAAUUGCCCUACAAAGGGAUCCUUCAGUAAAAUACUUUAUGACAAGGUCCUCAGACACCCCCACUUCCAGCCCUAUUUGAAAGAGUGGAGAGAAAAAAGGCGUAAGGAAGGAAUCGCCUGGAGAGCAGAAGAAUUGCAGUGUAUUGAUGCUGAGGAGAUGGUUGUAUUAAUAUACUGUGCACAUUGCAAAAGUAGGGAACACAAUGCGUGGGAUUGCCCAAAUGCUCCACCUGACGCAUAA